AGCGCCCGUGCUCGGCCGCGUUUCUCGUCCAAUGUACAAGGCCGGCCUAGUGUCCUCUCUUUCUUCACAACGCGUCAGACCGAACAUCGUGCCGACUGCGGCCUGUGCAGUCAUAAGUUAAAUACCUUUAGCAUCGACUCGUGUGUGUCAAUUCACAAAGUUUAUUGAUUCUUAGCUAGGAGUGACAGCCGAAAUAAUCUAGGUACAAAAUGGGUCUGAAAUCAGAUGCUGUAUUUGAUAGGAUAAAGGGAUUGCUAGCAGACAACCCAGACAAAGCCAAAUCUAUUAACGGAGUAUUUGUUUAUAACAUCACAGAAGGUGGAAAACAAGUAAAGCAAUGGACGAUCGAUUUAAAGAACUUGAAAUUGUACGAGGGACCAGCCGAGAAGAGUGUUAAGGUGGAUACAACACUAACCGUGUCUGACGAAGACUUCGUCGACAUCGCCCUCGGCAAACUGAACCCACAACUCGCAUUUAUGAAGGGAAAACUCAAGAUCACCGGAAACAUAAUGCUUACGCAGAAACUGGUUCCAUUGCUGAAAACGGAAGCCAAACUGUAGAGUGUCAGAUGUCUGACGAACAUAUAUUGUGUUACGCGCAUCAUAUGAAUAUGACUGAAUAUGAACGCGU